GCCGUGUGUACUUUCAUAUUUAAAUACAAUGAACGUCAUAGAAUCGGCAAGAGUAAGUGCUCUUGUUUUACGGAAAGGGAAACAGAAUCAUCAUGUGGAUAAUAAUAUUAUAUACAAUUAUCGGCUUGAUAACCGCCGAGAAGGCUACUUUUCACAACUACAAGGUCUUCAGGAUUACUCCAACUACAAAUGAACACGUUGAAUUACUGCGUCAAUUACCCACGAUUCCUGAUGAGUUUUCCUUCUGGAAAGAACCUACCAUCGUAAACGCGCAAGUGGAUCUUAUGGUAGCUCCGCACAAGCUGUCCGUAUUUUAUCAAAUAAUGAAUCGGAUUAAAGCACCCCAUCAAGUUCAUAUCGAUAAUGUUCAAACACUAGUUGAUAAAACGACGACCGCAAAUCAGUCGACAUCAUUUGAUGAAGCCUAUCGCACUCUCUGGGAAAUCUAUAAGAACUUGGAUGACCUGGCUGAGCAAUAUCCCGACAAAGUGAAGGUCGUUGUGGGUGGCAGCACAUUUGAGAAACGUCAAAUCAAAGGUGUCAAGGUUUCUUUCAAAGCCAACAAUCCCGGAAUCUUCAUCGAAGGUGGUAUUCACGCCAGAGAGUGGAUUGGACCGGCAACUGUUAUGUAUAUUCUUCACCAAUUGCUUACCAGUAAAGAUCCGGAUGUCAGAGCUUUAGCAGAGAGCCACGAUUGGUACAUUUUCCCUGUAUUUAAUCCCGACGGAUAUGUGUUUACACAUACAACUAACCGAAUGUGGAGGAAAACGCGUGAACUUCACGGUCUACUCUGCAGAGGCAGCGAUCCCAACAGAAAUUGGGGCUACAAAUGGAAAAAUGAAGGUUUCAGUUGGAGCAACAAUUUUCCAUGUUCUGAAACUUACCCUGGAAAUGCACCAUUCUCUGAUAUAGAAACAAGAACCAUGUCUGAAUAUAUCAGAUCCAUUUCUGACAAAUUUUACGCAUACAUCUCUUUUCACAGUUAUUCACAGCUUUUGAUGUUCCCUUAUGGUUAUACAAAAGGUCAUAUUGACAAUUAUGAUGAUUUGUAUGCCAUUGGUUCAAAAUCGAUUACAGCUCUCAAAAAGAGAUAUGGAACUGAAUACAAACUUGGAGAUAUUGCUGACACAGUUUAUGUAGCCAGUGGAAAUACUUUGGAUUAUAUCAAAGGCGUUUAUAAUAAAUCAAUCAUUUAUGUUUAUGAGUUACGUGAUCAAGGUCAUUAUGGAUUCUUGUUACCUCCUGAACAGAUUAUUCCAACUGGAGAAGAAACCUUGGACUCUCUCGUAGCUAUGUUUAAAGAAGCAAAAGAACGUGGAUAUCCUAAAGAUAUAAUUUAAAAGUAUCUAAAUUUAUUACAAAUGUCAAUAAUUAAAUAAUAGAAUAUU